GAGGAGGAGAGGUAGAGAGAGGUUGAGUUGACAGAGUCACACAUUUACUCAGGGACUCUGUGGAAUAAUCUCCGCUUUUACCAUCAGUCGGUCCCGAGUGUCAAAGCGGACGUCGGCGGUGAACCCCCCCCCCCCCCACCCAGCUCCGGGCCCGGAGCCCCGCACUGUCCCGCAGCUUGAGAGGCAGCAGAGGGGAGGAGGCGCCCAGAGUCACAUCAACAGUUGACUGGAUGAAGCUCUGUGAGCAGUUGCUGUUACCAACCAACAAGUAAACCUUCCUUCAAAUCCCAGAAGCUACCUCGUAGAAGACGCACAUCUGGUCCAGAAUCAACUGAACCACCACCACAGCCUAACUUCAACCCACUCAAGAGGAGAUGGAGAACUGACCGAGGACCAGCAGGCGACGGAAGGCAGCUCCUCCCUCCCCCGUCCGCCAACCGGCAUGGCGGGGCUCAAGCGCCAUCACGAUGGGAAGAUUGCUGGGCUGUAUGACCUUGACAAGACUCUAGGCCGUGGGCACUUUGCUGUGGUCAAACUGGCUCGACAUGUAUUCACUGGGGAAAAGGUUGCGGUAAAGGUGAUAGACAAGACAAAGCUGGACCCGGUGGCACGGGCUCACCUUUUUCAGGAGGUGCGAUGCAUGAAGAUGGUGCAACACCCCAACGUGGUGCGUCUGUACGAGGUCAUCGACACGGCCACAAAGCUCUACCUCAUCCUGGAGCUGGGAGACGGAGGAGACAUGUACGACUGCAUCAUGAAGCACGAUGGAGGCCUCAGUGAAGAGGUGGCCAAGUGUUUCUUUGCCCAAAUUGUCCACGCCAUCUCCUACUGUCACCGGCUACACGUUGUGCACAGGGACCUGAAGCCGGAAAACGUGGUGUUCUUUGAGAAGCAGGGCGUCGUCAAGCUCACCGACUUUGGCUUCAGCAACCGCUUUCACCCUGGGAAAAAACUCACCACCUCAUGUGGUUCGCUGGCCUACUCUGCUCCUGAAAUACUGCUGGGGGAUGAGUACGACGCUCCUGCUGUGGAUAUAUGGAGUCUGGGGGUGAUCCUGUUCAUGCUGGUCUGUGGUCAGCCCCCCUUCCAGGAGGCCAACGACAGCGAGACGCUCACUAUGAUCAUGGACUGUAAAUACACAGUGCCUCCGCACAUCUCCCAUGCAUGCAGCGAUCUUAUAGGCCAUAUGCUGCAGAGGGACCCCAAGAAACGAGCGACCCUAGAGCAGAUCGAGGCCCACAAAUGGCUCCAAGGUGUCGACCCCUCUCCUGCCACCAAGCUGUCCACUCCCCUGGUGUCCCAUCGCAGCCUGUCGGAAGAGGAGCACGGCUCCAUCAUUCAACGCAUGGUGCUUGGCGCCAUCACAGACCGUGACACCAUAACUGAGGCUCUGGAGUCGAAUCAGUACAACCACAUCACAGCUACUUACUUCCUGCUGGCUGAGAGGAUGUUGAGGGACCGGCAAGAGAAGGAGCAACACAGUCAGACACGAUCACCCAGCCCCAGCAAAGCCCAGUUCAGGCAGUCCUGGCCCACGAGAGUGGAUGUUCACCAGGAUGUCAGUGAUGGCUUAGGGGGUCCGUCUAUCUCCCACCCUGGGGGGCCACAGUCCCCAGCUCGUAGUGCUGAGAGCCUGCUCAAAGGCCCCAGGCCCAAAACAGCUCUGCUGGACCUCAGCCAGCGGCAGGACAUCCGCACUCCUGGAUUUAGCCAGCUGCAGCCUGCACGACAGAACCCAGAGAGGGGGCUCAGGCCUCUGGCAAAGCCCCACUCCAACCCCAUCAGGCUGGGCUCUCUGACCUCAUUGGGCCCUUCUAAACCCCGCAGCCCAAGUCUAUUUAGCGUGGAAGAGGAUGAGGAGGAAGACAGGGAGGAGGACAAAUAUUCAUCCCACUCUGCACUGCCUACUCAGGUGGUGCUUCGCAGCAAAGCCUCCUCAUCUUCAGUGUCUUCUGGUAACCGUCUGGCAUCGCGUAUGAGCGCUCCAGUCCUGAACCAGAUCCACGAGGAGGUUAAAGAGGAUGAAGAAGAGGAGGAGGAGGGGGGGAGAAAGCUGCAUGGACUUGGACUGCCCAAACCGAGCCUCGGCCUCAGUUUGAACUCUCGCAUAUCAUCGCCGUCAACACUCAUGUCCUCUCCCAUAACUGUAAUGGCACCAGUUGCCACUUUCACCCCCAGCUCAGAGACAAGUGAUGAAGAUACAGACACUCACCACAUAGUGGACACAGAAACUGUAGGCGGACAUCGGGUUGAGAGAGUAGGGAGGAAAGAGGGUAAAGAGAAAAGGGUUUCAGGGCAGGGCAGUCCCUCCAACUGUGCCAGUCCUGGAUCAGGCCAAGGCAAAGGCACAGCCAAAGCCCCCAGUGGCUUGGUGGAAAGCCUAAAGCUGAUGAGCCUGUGUCUGAGCUCUCAGUUCCAUAAUCUGACGGGGGGAGGAGGGGUCGUCGGGGUUGGCAGUGCAGUAGGUGUUGGGGGAGACAACCAGGACCGUCCCAUGUGGAGGAUGUGCAUGGGUGGCUCCACAGGUAGCCUGGAUAAGGUCUCGCUCCUGGGUGGCCCCUCACCCAGAGGGAACCUCUACCAACAGCCGCCGCUGGGCGACAUGUUAGCAGACCCGCUGCUGGAGGGCCCCUGCUCGGGCACCCUGAGGCUGGGAGAGCUGGACCUGGCCAGGGAGAACCACAGGAACAUGAAGAACCGGGUGCUGCAGAUGCCUCUGAGCGACAAGACUCUGUCCGUCAACAUCCAACGGAGUCCCAAGGAGGGUCUGCUCUGCACCCCCACCCCACACAGCUGCUGCCAGGUCAUCUAGAGCAGGGGCAGGCACUCCGUCAGCUGCUGCACCUCCACACUCCACGUACAUCCUGGUUUUGUUGUUUGUUACUGGCUCACGACGUAACGUUACUUAUACAUUUAGCAUUGUUUCCCUUUGUUUAACACUUGCGGUGGACGACUGGGAGAAAGUCCAAAAGUCGACCUUGCACAUUUAGAGACACCAAAAAGUCUCCAUGGAGGAGACUGGGUGCCAUGCCAAGUAUGUGAAGCACUUUAGGCAGAUUUAACGAGACACUGAGGGGACAUUUUAUGCUGCUGGUGUUUAAAUAGGAGACAUUAAAACUGGAUAGGGAAGCUCCACACACUUGUAUAUAAUGUAUGUACACGACAUUCACACGUACAUCACUCCAAUAAGCUGAUGAAAAGGGAAAGCUGGUGACUUUUAGUGUCAUGUUACAUAUCGUAUUCUGUUAUGCUGUUUUUGUAACGUAAUUUUUUUAAUUCUAUUUUGAGACAAUCAUUUUACCAGAUUUGUUUUGUAAUUUCCGACUGAAAGAAUUAAGUUAUGACUGUGUUUUCACUCCGAUGAGGACAGACAACAGGGUGAAAACGGACAGCAGCACUUGAGUAAGACGGCGGCACAGUAUUUUGUAACGUAUCACUGUUUUAUUUUUCUAUCUCGAACGUGCUCGGCAGAAAGAAAGCGCACACUCACGUGACAAGUCUCUGCGGUCACACGGCAGAGGUUGUACAUAUGUUAAUAACCUCCUAGCAGUACUCUGUACCUGUAGUAUUGACUGUGAAGUUGUAUUGAAGUAGAAACCUGAAUACUAGAUCCUUUAAAACACCAUUAUCCUUCACCCCUACUGAAUAUGCAAGGUUUUGGUUUAGCCCACUGCUUAAAACGUAUUUGAUGACUGAAAACAUUAAAACAGAUUUAAAAUUGACACCUAAGUAAACUAUUACAAGUGUAGUGUCAGCUCUUUAAAUUCCAGUUGGCCCUCAGAUCAUGAUCAGUGUUAGGAUCAGGCUAAUUUUUGGGUGUAACCCAAACCUUGCACAUCCCGUAGCUUUACAGGAUCACGGUAGCCACUGUUGUAGCGUACGCCGAGACUAAAAGAACACAGGGGCGUCAACAGAACACGACCGCACCAUCCCUCCAAGUAUAGCUCUGUGUAACUGGAUGUGUGACCCCACCCUAGUGGCAUAUAUAACUCGACAGUGCAUGUGUUUUUGCUGUAGCAACCUUAUUCUUAAACCCACCGAGGUCAAGCCACCUGCUGUAUCUACCUAAGCAACCGAUUCAAAUGGUCACUUUACUGUAGCCUCACAGCAAUACCAGCGACUGCAAAAUGUACAACAACAAAAAAUGGAUGUGCCAUCAAAAUCUGCAUAUUGUACUGUAUGUACUGUAUAUGAUAGAGAUAUAUUAAAAUAAAAUGAUGUGAAUACAGUGCA